GUAAGGAUCUAUGGUCUUUAGACAAUCAGUCAGUCAGUCGAGUGGGUAGGUCUAAGUGAUGAGGAGUGGGACAGCUUUGUCGUGCACCUAACACCAUGGAUGACUACCCGAUGUACGACUUGUUCGUUGGGUUCUCCCUCUGGGAGACCCUCUGGCGUCUCCUCUUUCCGCAGGGGUUCUGGAAUACUUUCACGUGUAGAGUAGAGACUCGAAGUGGUGCGGGGACCACUCCCUACACCAAGGAACAGGAGGAGGAGGCUGCGAAGAUCUUGGCCGAGCAGAAGGCCAAGAAGGAGAAGGUGGUUGUGAAGCAGGCCAAGAAGUUGGCCUUAUUACAGGAGCAUGCCGCAAAAAGGACGAAGUUGGAAGAAGAGUUGGAAAGGGUGAAAAAGGCGGAGGAAGAAAAGUUGAAAGCAGUGGAUGCAGAAGAAGAGGAAGAAGAAGAAGAAGAAGAAGAAGAAGAAGAAGAGAAAAAGGCAAAAGAGGAUGUCCCCCUGAUUAGAAAGAUCAUAAGAGACAGAGGGGAGUCAAGUGGCACGAAGGAGGAGGAGGCCCCAUGGUUGGAAAAGGUGUCUGAGUGGGUUGCUAAUCUAUCAAUGGGAGAGGACGAGGAGGCAAUGAUGUAUGUACCAAGGGCAGAACAGAAGGCGGUAGUGAAAGAGUGGGAAGCAGAAGAGGACCCCUUAAAACGCCAGAAUAUAGAAGAGGAGAAGAAGUUGGAGUGGAAGUUGCGCUUAACCAGGGAGAAGAAGAAGAGAAUGGAGGAGGCAAGUAAAGUUGCAAAACAAUUGGAGGUAGUAAAGCAGCUAAGAGCGCAGAUGGAAGCGCAAGCGGACAUGCAGGGCAAGAUAGAUGUGAUGGCUAGGUAUAUAGAACUACUAGCUAGGGCCCAAGAAGAACAAUAUCAGUUUGCAUGCAGCCAAGAUGUAGCUCUGCGGUCCAUACGCGUAGGGUUCAGGGAAUUCACGCGUGAAAUGAUGAUGCUCGUGGGCACGAAAGUAAAGGUGAGGCUAGAAAACACAGAGCGAUUCUGCAUGGGCGCCAUAGAGGGCGCAAAGCUUACUGCUCCAAGGGAGGAGGAAGCUCGUCCUUGUAGAGAGCCUGUGAAGGUGAAGUUCCCUGAUUCCUGCAGUGGGAAGGAGGAGGAGAACUUCGAUAACCGGGAGGCAAUUGUAAACUUCUACAUACACCUCCAGAAGAUAGCUCCUGAGGAACAUGUCCUUAUAGCCUUCCAUGCCCUUAAAAAUGAAGCAGCUAGCUUCGCUAGAUCGCUCUGCUGUGUUGCUAAGUGCGAAAAUGAUAUGGUCGCGUAUUCCCAAAUUACCCCCCUGAGCGACUUUUCUAAGUUAUUGCACGAGAGGUUUGCAGAUGUCACGCGAAGUGUUAGAGCUUCAGACAAACUGCAAAAGAUCCAUUCCCGCCAAUGGAGGAGUGCUAGAGCACUCGAGGGCGUUAUGGAUGAAUUAGUCUUCGUACCUGACCAUGGGGUAACUAAGACCCAGUCGGUCAACUUAUUCUAUCGUGCCAUGCCCGAGCCUUUGCGUGGGCAAUUCUUUGAGAAGAAUCAGGAGUCUACCAUGACCUAUGACACUCUGAGUAGGGAAGUGGUAGCGUUUGAAGCACGGUCCAUGCCAGUUUCCACUUUCUAGCAUAAGGACCUCGAUAAGGGUAAGAAGUGCAAAGGCCGUACCCUCUCGGGUCGUUAAGGGCAAGGAUCACCUGAUCCUUACAUUAG